AUGUAUCGCUAUCCGCCGCCGGUGCCGGCCGCCGCGUGGCCUGCAACACCACGCCGAAAUGCCUAUCGACUUGGCUUCCAUCUGGAGCAGCACUUCAACGCCAAGAUUUACACGUCCGGCUCGCCAGUCCGGGGCCACGUCCUUCUUCGCCCGGCCCAGGACAUUGCCUACGACGAUUUCGAGAUUAGCCUCGUGGGCGUCAGCAGCACGCAAAACCUGCUGCAGCACGAGUCGGCCAUCGUUGCCCUCCCCUUUAUGAAGCUGGUCAUGCCGCUGUGUCCCGACAGCCUGCCCGCCAGCAAGAUAUUCGCCGCGGGCCAGGAAUACGUCUUCCGCUUCCACUUCGUCCUGCCGUUCCACCUCGCCAUCGGCUCCUGCCGGCACGGGUGCGUCUCGCCCGCCGUCAAGGAGCUGCACCUGCGGCCGCCGCCCACCAUGGGAUUCUGGGAGGGCGACGACCAGUCCCCCCAGAUGACGCAGAUCAAGUACGCCGUCGCCGUGCUGGCCACGAGACGCCUCCCGGCCGACCCCCUGCCGGCGCGGGUGAUUGCCGAGUCGUCCAUGAUCCGGGUCCUGCCCGCGUUCCCGGAAGACGCCCCGUUGGACAUCACCCCCGUCGACGACGGCUACGCCCUCUCGAGGAGCAAGACGAUACGCAGAAACUUUGUCGCCGGCAAGCUGGGCAGGCUGACCGCCACGGCCGCCCAGCCCAAGGCCGUCAUGCUGUCGCCCGACGGCCACGCUGCCUCGGCCACGUCGUGCCGUCUGACUCUGGUCUUUGACUCGGUCGGCGCCGGCGCCCCGUCGCCCAGGAUCAGCUCCGUGUCCGGGAAGCUCACGUCGCACACCUAUUUCGACAUGUCCUUCAUGAACCGCCUCCCCAAUCUGGGCAACCGGCCAUCGCCCGAGGCCACGUCGCCGUACCGGUACACAACCUCCACCAAGCUGUUUAGCCUCCCGGUGGGCGAUUUGCCCUGGAGAGAGGAGCGCGCCGAAUCGGCCUGGGAGGAAGCCAUGUUCCCGCUCGCCCGGGGGGUCUUGGCGCCGACGCAAGAGAAUCCUUCGAGGCGUGCGAGCGCCGCGACGUGCCCCGACAUGGAGUCGUCGAUGGGCUCGAGACCAAGGCGAUGCGUUGCCGAGCUCGACGUUCAAUUCACGAUACCCAGGAACAAUAGGAAAAUGUUUUUGCCGACGUUUCACUCGUGCCGCAUAUCGCGCACCUACACGCUGCAUCUUUGUCUCGCUGUCGGCCAGACGUUUUCCACCCUGUCUCUUGUCGUGCCGCUGCAGAUUGGCGUGGAAUCCACGUCAGACAAUCGUAUGCAGCAGCACGAGUUCCGGGCAGCGCCUGGCCUUGCCUUGGUGCGAGGCCAAGACCGCGCGAGGCGGAAUACGUAUGCCGGGCUGCCGGGGUAUAUGCUGGAAUCGAGCGAUCACGAACUACCAGGCUACUGCUGA